AGAACUAUGUAAAAAUAGAAACUAUAUCAUGUGAAUGUUCAGCUAAAGCAUUCCUGAUGACAGCUUCGAUUGAAGGCUGCAAUUCCCAAAACCGAGUUCAUCCUGUAAGCUUAAGCAAUUUUUUAAAAGCUAGAAUCUGGAACAAUAUGUAGACUACUUAUAUCCUGAACAACAUGACUAUAAUUUAAUCACAUAUAUUUUUGUAUUUUCAUAAUAUAUGUGAGAAACAGAAGCCUUAAUAAGAAAACAAUGCCAUCAUUAUGUAGAGUAUUACAAGAAGACUGUUUAGUUGCAAGUGGGUAACUUUAUGAAGUUUAACUAUGAAAAGAAAAAAAAUUCCCCAAAAAUGACCUCUUGAGUCCUCCUUCUUUCCUGUAAUAGCCUACAGAGUUGCAGAACGAGUCAAUUGACAUUAGAUUCAUUGCUAGAGCGAUACAUAAAUUUUGAAGAUAAACUGCACAGUAACGAAAGGCUACGAAAUAUUCCUGAUAGCAUAUUUCAUCGUGUCGUUACCAUAUUCCAAACCAGGAUAUUGCGUAUAUGUUCCCUGCUGGGUUUUGAGCAACUUUUAGAUGCGUUUUAUUGCAAGCAAAACAGGCACAUCGUUAUGCGUUGAAGCUGUGGCAAAAAAUUUAUUGUUCAAAUUCUUGAUUUCUUUUUUUUCCAAAAGCUCAGAUCACAAUGCAAGAUUACAAUCAUCACUUUCUGCUCUUAUGUUUGCGAUAUAUAUGUACCGUGUGUGUAUAUAUUGUUAUAUUUAUGAAACUUCACUAAAGGUUUAUCAACCAAUCUCCUAUCGCGAAGAGAACCAUAACACGGAAAGGAAACACCAAUGUUUCAGCUUAAAGUACAUCGCAUACAGUACAUUAGGUCGUUUCUUGAUCUCGGAUGUCAGACGAUAUUUAAUAAGCUGUCGAAUCCCCUAUUCCAAUUCUUUUGACAAAAAUUUCCCUCGACUUAUUUCGUUACUUUGUAUAAUAAUGUUGUAUUUCGACUUAUGAAGUUCUUCUUCUUUGUAAGAGAUCUAUAGCCUCAACCUUACUAAAACGAAGGUUGUGCAACACGGGGUGAAAGUUGAUUACAGUACGCUGGAAGUGCUGCCUGGAAGCGACCAGUGUAAUGAACGAAUACGAACUCGUUUCAUUUGUUGUAGCAGACGCAAGGUUUGGCUGUCCUCAUCUCAAUGCCUCAAGGGAGACUCUUGGCCAUGCCCUUUCAACAGAAACUCGAACAACAAUUUUUCCUUUAAUACUGCAUUGCUUGCAGAGCUCUGCGCUUUUUAAGAGAAGCAAAGUCAAAUUUUCGGUCUUAGUGUUUUUCAGCUAGUUGGUCUAGCGAGAUCGUUUAAAAAAGAGUUCUGUCCCAUUACCAAAAGAGAGGCGAUGUCAUUCUCGCUCAAAAAUAGAUUCGAGAACAUGUUGAUUUACUUGGUAUUACUCGGCAUCGUACAAGCGCUUAAUGGUGAUCAGAAGACCGCAUUCCAAUCAGCGAGAUUCUACGACAAAGCGGGUAUUUGUAAGGGGACAGGCUACAAUCGAAACGACACCGACUCUUCACAAUUUUACAGGUGCGUAGAUUAUAAUGGUAAUGGGAAAAAAUAUGUCAUUUUCAAAUUCUCGUGUCCACCUGCGCUUGAAUUCGACGAUAAUCUCUCGGUAUGCGUCUUGUCGCGUAAAUCGCCAUCACCAGUUAUCAACAACUCCAAUCCUACUACAAUGCUGACACCUUUAAACGCUCAAACUGAUUCUUCACCGCAACUUUCUUCAUCUCCUGGUUCUGAAACGGAAAUGUUGACACUCGUUCCCCCGUCAACAUCGACCAAUGCUGUUGCCGAAUUUUCUGUUGAGCCCUCGUCGACAGGAGUUCAGUCUACUUUUGUAUUUUCACCUGAUUCCGUUAUUGUACCUUCAAGUUUUGAAACGGUAACAAGCUCUCCAAAUGUAGAGGACAAAGAAUUCCAAACUGGUGGUGUAGUAGUUGAAACGUCUGAUGUACUAAUACCGACAUUAGGGAUGGACUGCAUUUCUAACAAGUUGUAUCGACUCCCGAAUUCCGAUUGCAAUCGCUUUUAUCAAUGUCACCAGCGAUCUGUGAACAUUUUCUCUUGCGCCCCAGGUUUAGUAUUUGAUGAAGGUGCACAACGUUGUCUACUUCUGGAAGAAUCGUCGUGUGACCAGCAAUUCACGAAACCCAUUGCAGAUGGAUUUUUCGAUUCAUCUGAAAUUGAUUGUACAUCGGGCCAUUUUCAUCGAUAUCCGUUUGAUUGCAGAAAUUUCUUUCAGUGCUACAAUAAUGGUUCAACAAAGUCUAUUUUGUUUUAUUCUUGCUCCAACGGACUGAUAUUCGACGAAAAAUCGUCAAAGUGUCUUCUUCCUUAUGAAACGUCUCCCUGUUACGCUAAUGGCAGUCCCUUUAAAGCAUCUCCAUUUCUUAACCAUCUUCAAAGACUUUUCCAAUCUUCCCCUAAUGAGUUUAUCUUUCAGUAACUUAAAAUAAGUCAUUAGUGCAUCAGUACGAUUAGACUAUAUUAAACUUUUAUUAUCCUGUGUUUCAAUAUAAUCGAAUUAAAAGCCAAUAACGGACAUUUCAA